GUCAGUAAUGAAAUGUCACAAAUAUAAAAUCGUCCCCAAAGUUUUUUUUUUAGUGUGUUUAGAUAUGUCAAUGAGUUUGGACGUGUUUGAGUAUUCUAUGCAGGUUUAUGUUUAUCUUCGUGUAAAUUGAGACAAAAUGUGAAAAGACAGAAUCUUUGAAAACUAACACAAAAAAAAGAAAAAAAAAAGUAAUGAAAAUAAAUAAAGCAGAAAGAAAGAAAAAGGAGCCGAAACAUUAAAUAUUAUGAUGAGGAGGACUCUAAGAUAAACAUCAAGUGUUUUUCUUAUAUCUUUUGUAUAUAUAUAUAUAUAUAUAUGUAUAAGUAUAAAAAAAAAAAAAAAUAAAAAAAGUUUCUUUGAGAAGCGUUCAUUUCAACAUAACAAGUAAUUUGAAACUAAAGGCAUUGUCGGCUGCAUAUAAUUCAUGUUUUUAGUAAUCGUGGCAAAAUCAUAAAGUUUUUUAUUUAUCUCGGCAGAUUUAUAAUAAAUCUCUUCGCGUAUAACGUUGUGUAGAUGAUAUAAAAAUUUAAAUAUCACAUAACUUUAAAAACGUCAUCAUCGAGUAGAUAUGUUGAUGUUCAUUGUAAUAAUAAAAACAAAAAAAUAAUAAUAAUAAUAAAAAAUGAAGACAACAACGUAACAUAUAGCACAGCAUACACAACAAAUCACAACAGUCAACAGGAUAACGGCAGGCAGCGAUUAACAGCGAUUGGCAAUAUAAUCAUCAGCAUUAUUAUGAGCGUACAUGGGAAACCAUGAAGCAAAACACAAAAUCCCUGUAGAUACAUGCAUAUAUAUACUACAUAUAUACCUAUAUAUAGACAAUCCUAUGAACAAUUGAUGUUUACAUAUAUUAAAGCAUUUCGCAUAUAUGCACCGUUCUAUGUGGGGAGUGAAUAGCCUUUUCAUUGCAUUCUCUAAAAUACAGGGGAGCCAAAAAUAAUAAUAAUAAUAAUAAUAAUAAAAAAGAAACGGCAUUAAAUAGAAAUAUUGAGAAAGCAAAUGCACACACACACACAUACACAUACAUGCAUACAAACCAGUACACUAUUGCAGUGGUACUCGUUUACUGAAAUUCCUUAGAAAUAGUAAUAAAAAAAAAGCCAGAAAUAUAAAAGCGGAAAAUUGAAAUUUCUUUCUUUCUAUUAUUAUUAUUAUUUUUUUUUUUUCUUGCUGUUGUUGUUAUAUUCAUUUCGUUCGUAAACUAUUGCAUUGUAUAGUGCGUGUGUGUUUGUGUAUGUUUAUGUGAACCUCCCUAAAAAGAAGAAAUGUUUUCGUCUUGUACUUCAAAUUGUCCAAGAAAUGCUUAAUACGACGAACGUAUUGUUAACGUAUAAAUGUUCAGCUAUGGGCCGUACAGAUGUUCCUUAAACUCCUUUUGGUCGUUUUGAUUACAACACCAUUACCGGUACAAAGUGGUAACUUUUUCACAUCAGUCUACGCAGUAAUCUUUCUAUAAAGAUAUAAUCUAUAAUGUAGUAGUAACAAAAAAGAGAAGAACAAGAAAUAGUAAAAGAAGAAGAAGCAGAAUCAAGAAGAGAGAAUGAAAGAGAACAUCUACCUGGAGAUACUUGCACGUAAUAAUAGUUAAGUUAAGGUAGUUGCAGUAGCAGUAUCAGCAUCAGCAUCAGCAGCAGCGGCAAUAAGAGACUUUUCAGAAAAUAUAACAAUUUAUGCAAUAGCAAGAUAUUUUGUACAAUAAUUUUUAUCAAAGUUGUCGUGUGUAUAUGUAAGCGGCACGCAAAGCUGGCGGACUAACUCUCUGACUGGGGCAGACAACGGGCCAAGCUGGCAUAGGAGGAGGGGAUACUUUAAAAUUCAUUGACAAAUAAAGUCAAAGAAAAAAAAAAAAAAAAAACAGAAACGAAAAAAGUUGUGUACUCAUGACCACAACAACAAAUUCGAAGACACUGCAACUUUUCAAUUAUAUAAAAUAGUAAAUAUUUGACAACAACUAGCGACCGCCUCAACUAUCGUUUAAUAAGGUUGCGCUAAAUAAAAAUGUUCACAGUCACUACACUGAGCAGAAGUAUCGUUUACUUAAGUCUUGUGUUAUUUGUAUUUCAACGAUGGGUGACCAGCUUAUCAACUGCGCCUCAGACAUUGGCGGAUAAAGAUUUAUUAAAAACAAAUAUUCCUUCGCGUUUAAUCGAGACCGGAGAUGUGGAACAAAGUGAAGAAUCGGAUGACGUUUAUGGCAAACUCGAUGAUUUAAGCGAUGAAUUCGAGGGUUACGUAACACCACGCAAUGAUAAUGGACAGGAUUAUGUCAACAAUUGGGAUGCACUGGCCGAUGGCGAUAUUUCUUAUCGGGACGCUGUUGGUGUCGGUAAUAUCGCUCCUGGUGGCAGUGUCGAAGGAGCAGGUGUUUUCAUACGUGAUAAAUCUCAUAUGCCGGCAUUUCACGAAAGCUCUGCCCAUUCUUCGGCUGAAAUUUUGACAGCAAUAAACAAUAAUGGCAACAAUAGUGACACCAAUAAAAGUAAAAUCAGCAGCGGCAGUAGUAGUAGUAGUAGUAGUAGCAGUAGUAGCAGUAGCAGUAGCAGCAGCAGUAGUACUAUAAUAAUAGGAGGUGGUGGCACGUUGGAUGAAUUUGUUACCGGUAAAUUGGGUGCCUCAGAAAUGGGGGUAACGUUGCCGUAUUUCCUAACCGAACCGGAAAGUGUAUAUGUGGUCAAAAAUCGACCGGCUAUUUUAAAGUGUAAAGCAGCUCAUGCCUUGCAGCUGCAUUUUAAAUGCAGUGGCAGCUCGCAGCCGCCACCCUCAACGCACGAUAAACACGUGGAUCCGCACACGGGUGUCCAUUUAGAAGAGGUCACCGCCACCAUACAUCGCGACUUGGUGGAUGAAUAUUUCGGUAAGGGACCAUUUAAAUGCGAAUGCCAUGCCUGGUCGUCGAGGGGUGUCGUUAAAAGUCAAGCGGCUACAGUAAAUAUUGCUUAUAUGCGCAAACAAUUUGUUACCUCACCGACCUCGCUACGCGUUGAAUUGGGCACAAGAGCCGAAUUAUUUUGCGAACCACCCAGCGGUUUUCCAGUACCUUCGGUAAAUUGGUAUAAGAAUAAUGUGCCCAUAGCAGAAGUUAACGAGCACGGACCGACCAUAACCCCUGCGGGUACAUUAACAUUUCGUCAAGUCACUCUACAGGAUAUGGCAAAUUAUACUUGUGUAGCUGAGAAUAUAGCGGGAAAACGUACGUCAGAUUCUGCCGUACUUAUAGUAUAUGUUAAUGGCGGUUGGAGUUCCUGGAGUCCUUGGCGCGAAUGCAAAUGUCUUGGCAAACCGUUUCAGGGUCGCAAACGUACUCGCUCUUGUACUAAUCCUAUACCCAUAAAUGGUGGUUCAGAGUGCAUUGGCCCUCAAAUACAAAAAUCUCCUGAUUGCUUAAGUUGUCCCGAUGAAACUCAAAUCGUCAGCGCUGAGGGUUACGACAUGCCAGCCAUGAAAAGAACGGGACGUUGGUCGGCCUGGAGUGAAUGGAGUUCAUGCUCUUCCGAAUGCAUACAAAUUCGUCGCCGGAAAUGUAUCGCAAGUACCGCUACUGUCAUCAUAGAUGACGAUGAUGCAAGCCUAGGUAUUAAUGUUGGCAGCCUAAGCAGCAGCAACGGCCUAGCAGCUAGCGGUGGUGGUGGCAUCAUUAGCAGCAGUGCUGGCAACAGCAAUGUUGGUAAUGGCGGUGGUGGUGGUGGUGGCGGCGUUAAUGGCAAGGCUCAGUGUAGCGGAAAAGACAUACAGACAGCCGAAUGUCGAGGGGAACACUGUCAGAUUGGCAAAGAUGAUUUCGAUUGGACUCUUUACUUGGGCUUGGCAUUUAUAACUGCGGUCUUUUUCGCCUUCGGAGCUGCUUUAAUAUGUUGCGCUCGUCGUGGUAUAAGAGUUAAUCAACAUUAUGGUAUGACUCGAACAGUAAUGGAUCCCAAAUAUUUACCGGAUAUAAGUAAAAAGGAUAUGCGUAUACAUAUCGAGACCACCAAUGAUAAUUAUGAUUAUGCUAGUCCAGGUCACAGAUUUCUGCCGCCUUCACAUCAUGGCGUUUGCUCAGCCUCAGAGCAUCAUUACGAUGUUCCGAACUUAUCAGCUAAUUAUGUUAAUCCUAUAGAUGACUUGAGCGCCGACUAUCUCACCGACACACCGGACACUUCUACCGUUGAUACCUCUAAUUCAACAUAUGAAGGAAACGGGAAACUUGGUGGUUGCCAUUCAGCCUCUAAAAGCUCUACUUAUGAUCAACUCAACUGUAACGGUGGCUCGCUAUCUUUAUAUGCUGGGGAAAUAAUGCUUUAUAUACCCGAACACUCAAUUGGCAAGAAUAUGCGUAAACAUGUCUCGCUAAUGCUGCUUAGUGAUGAAACUUCGCGUAUAAAUAUACCGAGUACCGAAACAAUUUUGAUAACCAGUAUUAUAAUACAUUGCUCGCCUCGCAAUUACACGUUUCUCAAGCCGGUCAUAUUGAAAAUUCCCCAUUGUUUAGUGGAUCCUGAUUUGUGGAACGUUUCGAUUUAUCAUGCCGAUAACGAUCACGACGAUUUAAAUAUAAAUUGGCGUAAAAUUAUUGCUGUAGGCGAGGAGACCAUUAACACACCUGUAUUCGUACAAUUAGAACCUCAGCAUGUUUACAUAAUGACCGAACAAUUGGGUCGUUUUGUGGUAGUAGCAGAACCGAAACUAUCAACAACAACACCAUUAGAGAACUCUUUGAAAAUGCGUUUAUUAGCUUUUAGUCAAUUUACACCGAGCAGCACAAAUUGUAGCGUGCGUAUUUAUAUAGUCAAAGAUUUCCCUAAUAGUCGGGAUCUCUGCACUAGCAUAGAAUCUAAAUUGGGCGGCUCAUUUAUGGGUGAAAGUGAACCGUUCGCAUUCUUUUUAAAUAACGGUAGCAUGAAUAUACGUUUACGUAAUGCCGAUAUCGAAUUAUGGGAUUCGGAUUGCGAAAUGGAUUUACACGAACAGAUUAUACCUUAUAAUCAUAUCUUAAGUAAUAAUUCGGUGCUGCAUUGUGAAUUUAUUAUAAAACGUAAUGAACUUUUAUAUGCUGCCGUUAAUUUACAAAUCGAUUUUGCUCAAUACAGUGAUAGUCAUUUAUAUAGUGAAGUGCAUUCCUUUAGUAUAACAAGACAACCUACUAAUAUUCAAACAUCAACGCCCCCUGCCUCCCUUGAACGUCAGGCGACCGUGACUAUAGACAGUCAUGGUAAUUAUGUGAAUGAAGCGAGUCUACCGUUAAAUGGUGUACAUUUACCGCACGAUACAAAACGUCGAAUAUGCUCGGCUUUAGAUCCGCCAAGAGAGGAUGAACGCGAUUGGCGUUUAUUGGCGAAAAAAUUGAAUACAGAUCGUUAUAUAGCCUAUUUUGCCACUAAACCCUCACCCACCGAACAAAUUUUAAAUUUGUGGGAAUGCCGCGCUAGUCAACGUACAUCGCCCGCUCAUACUAUCGUUGAAUUGCUAAUGAUACUUAAAGAUAUGGAAAGGCAAGAUGUCAUGGAUAUUAUAACCGAAACUAUCGGUUCAUUAUGGAUUUAAAUUAAGGAACCAAAACAACGCAAAAAAAAAAAAAAAAAAA